CAAAUUCCCAAAACAACGCCGACCUCAUAUUUUGGUCUGCAGUCUCAGGAACUCUCACAACACGUAAGAGGCACACUCAGAUACGAGGUGAUGGUCGGUGACAUCAAGACAUUUAACAAAGAAAAGAGAAAAAGAAAAAAAGUAUGCCAGUCUGAGUUCUGUCUCGCGUGUCACGUCGUGCAUAGAAUGCAAAUUUCUCAACAGGCUCAUACGGAUCAAAUCCUGGGUUGACUCUUGGAUUGAAAUAUAUCUGUCACUUCUACUCUCAUUCAAAACACGAGAACCCACGAGUCGAUGAAGGAGUGAGUUUAGUCUCUGAAAUCAUUAAGAGUACAUCUGCAGAUCAAUUGUCAAAAAGCGAGUCUAUUUCGCCUAGAACUUGAGCAACAAAGGAACGAGAACAAGAUCUGUCUGUGCAGAGUACGAGUAUGCAGACUAUAUUUGCAGCUCUUGCAAUCCAAGCCAAAAAAAAAUACAACCUCGGUUGUUGGACGUAAAAUGUCGAUCAUACAGUGCAACAAUAAUCGAGACAAUCCGUUAUUAUCAUAUCGAUAUCGGGAUCAUCGGCUGGGACCGGCGUUUCUCCUCAACACGCAGCAACCAUCACGAGAUUCACCCAAACAAAGACCACCGAGAAAAUUCCUCGCUCGCAUGACACUUCCCCUUCCCCCCCCCCAUGCCAUCAGCUGCAAUGACCUUCCCAGUAUAUGGCCAACCGUCGCAUUUCCCCCCCGGACCCAUUCCCUCUCCUGCUCGUUUCCAGUGGCCUGCGGCGAAUUUUUAUUCUCGCUUGGAUGUGGCCACCUCAGAACGGACGGGAAGCAAGGGGGAAAAGGGAAGCGCCCAAUGUCCUGACUUAUCAUACAUGGGUGUCUAACCCACUCGUGGUCUUUGGGUAUAUUUACCCCUUUGCCCACUUGUGCCACUCUUUUUCCAAUGGCGACAUGUUUUGAAGCUUUCGUUGAAGACCCGACGAACUACUAUACCAUGUUAUAGCCAAGAAAGGGAAACCAUCAGCUCACGUCAGGCGAAGAUAAGCAAGCAGGUCUUUCUUGAACUCACCGACACCAAUCAUCGUAUCGGCGACCGAAGCUGAACCUCGUGUCUUUCAAGACUCCAAUAAAUCGACCCUGACACCAGAAGGACCUCAAGGCCCCCUCCCGAGCCCGACCUCUGCCAUUUAUCGUUUCAUUCAUAAAGGCAGGCUCGAAAGGGAUGAAAUCAAACACCACCACCACCACCGUCCUCGCAACAGAAAAAGGCAUCAUGGAAUGUCCAGGCGUUUCGUGUUGGGACUUUGCCUACGCAGCCGGGCCGUGCCCCCUCUCAUCUUCGACCGCUUCCUUGACGUCGACGACGACUCCCAGAGAGCACACCGUGACCGCCAACAAGCGUAACUCGACGGCACGUAGAGCGCACAAUACUCCUUCUCCGUGCCCUUCGUCUCCCAAAGAUACAUCGUCGUGCCGCCCGGACUCUCCGCGCAGUUUCCUACUUUCCUACCGUCACAACAAGCAAAAGUCGUCGUCACUGAAACAUGACAAUGCCGCCACCACUUCGACGACGGUCCUCGAGAGCAGGACGUACCUGUUGUCCUGCCCGACCUCAAGAUCCGUCACCUACCCACACACCUACACGACCAUCUCGACUCUCCUGUCUCAACCUCGCAACCAGAUCAUCUUACUCGUGCCUCAAAACAACAUCGUCUGUCCUCGGGUCUGCGAACUGUCCCGACUGCCUCGCUCCGGGGGGAGUUGCCUCCAGAUCCUACCCAUCCCCGAGGUCGUCGGUAUGGCUUACGGUGAAGAGGCCGCCGUCUGUUCUCCCCCCGAGAGCGGAUGUGAGAGCGACAGUGGUGGUGGUGGUGGUGGUGUUGGUGACGUGUUGACGGAUAAAGAGUGGAGUGACGUGAACGUCGCCGAGGUCGUGAGGAAAAUCACAAAGUACACAAAAGCCCGCAGUUUCGAUGGGUAUCUGGUCUUCGAGGACGACCGGGCCAAGUGGCAGUUCCUGGAACGCGUGGGGAAAGGUGUCAAAGAAGCAUGUAAGAAGAAGGAAAAGGCGAAGAUGAGAUGAAAAACCUUUCCGUCUCUUUUUUUUUUUGGAACACAUUACGAUUCACUCGGUCGCCGGCGAUGGGAACGUCAUGUCGUCGGCGAAACCUUUUUUUGCUUUCUUCUGUCUCAUUCUCAAUGGGCUGAUACUCGUCAUGGUCAAUCGGUGUGUUAGAGUUCUGGUGGCGAGGGGGUUUUGGUUCGUUUGGUUACGAUUGGCAAAAAAGAGUGAUACAGGUACGGAGUACACAAAACUUGGAAACCGGAAAUGGGGGAAAAGAUUGUUUCACAACAUGUCGGCGAAAUGAAAUUAUAAAUGAAAUGAUUAGACGAAACUUGAGAUACCCUCAUAUCAUGGAUUAUACUAUAGACUAGACUAGUAUUACCACAUACAGGUAAAUACACACACG